AUGGCUGCAUACAAAUUAGUUUUAGUUCGUCAUGGCGAAAGUAUAUGGAAUCAAAAAAAUUUAUUUUGUGGUUGGUAUGAUGCUGAUCUAUCAGAAAAAGGUCUUGAAGAAGCUAAAAAAGCUGGACAAUGGCUUAAAGAAAAAGGUUAUACAUUCGAUGUAGCUUUUACAUCGGUGUUAAAACGAGCAGUUAAAACACUUUAUUGUAUUCAAGAAGAAUUAGAUCUUCAUUGGAUACCUGUUCAUCGUCAUUGGCGUCUUAAUGAACGUAUGUAUGGAGCUUUACAAGGAAAAAAUAAAUCUGAAACUGCAGCUAAAUAUGGUGAAGAUCAAGUUAAAAUUUGGCGACGUGCUUAUGAUAUUCCACCACCUGAACUUGAAACAUCAAGUGAAUUUAAUCCAAGAAAUGAUCCAAGAUAUAAAAAUUUAGAUCGACGUGUAUUACCAUUAACUGAAUGUUUAAAAGAUACAGUUGAACGUGCUUUACCAUAUUGGCAUGAUGCUAUUGUACCAGCUAUGCGUUCAGGACAAAAAGUACUUGUUGCUGCACAUGGAAAUUCACUUCGGGCAUUAAUUAAAUAUCUUGAUAAAGUAUCUGAUGAUGAAAUUGUUCAACUUAAUUUACCAACAGGUAUUCCUUUGGUUUAUGAACUUGAUGAAAAUUUAAAUCCACUUAAACAUUAUUAUGUUGCACCUGAUGAUGUUGUUCAAAAAGCUAUUGAAGAAGUUGCUAAUCAAGGCAAAGCAAAGAAAUAA